UCGCAUGCGCAUCUAAUAAUUGUUAGGUUAUGGUGUAAUGUUUAAUUGUGUAUCCGUUUAUCUUUUUGAGAAGUAAUGGGGAUUUUAACUGAUCCUAGCGCGGGUCAGGGCAAAAUAACAAAAAUAAUAAUAAAAUAUUAUUCAAAAAUCACCAUAUUAAUGUAUGUAGGUGGUGUGAUAUGGUUCUGCCUACUCGCAUAUACUCCUUUAAACGCAGGCACAUACUUUUCCGAAAAUGCGCUACUACCUGGCCUGGUGAAAUCCGAAUUUCGAGAUGAGAGCUCCGCGAAACAGUAUUUCGAUGAGUUGCAGGAUGAAAUGAAAAUGUACGAAAAUUCGAUUCCCUACCCUUGGAUUUUGGCAAAAUUUCAACAGAUUGGUUUAGAUACUUACACUCACAACUUUACAUUGAAUUAUCCCUUAGGAAAGGCCAAUAUCAAAUACAGCGGGAAGAAUGUUUAUGGGAUUCUUCGUGCGGCAAGAGCUGGCAGUACAGAAUCGCUGGUGAUGAGCGUCCCAUAUAGACCUCCAAGUAAUAUUCAUCCAAGUACGGCGUCGUCAGUUGCAAUUAUGCUGGCCUUUGCGAAACAUGCCAAUAGACAGAAGUAUUGGUCGAAGGAUAUUAUCUUUUUAAUCACAGAACAUGAGCAGUUAGGUGUUCAGGCAUGGUUGGAAGCGUACCAUAAUGUAGUAUGCGGCCAUCAAGGUAUAUUAGACCAUGGCGAUUUGCGGGGACGUGGUGGUGCUAUUCAAGCAGCCAUUAAUUUGGAGUUCCAAGUUGUCAAUAUAGGAAGAAUGGAUAUCAAAGUGGAAGGAUUAAAUGGUCAAUUGCCAAAUCUGGAUUUAUUUAAUUUGGCCACCAGAAUGUGUGCCAAGGAGGGAAUCAUGCAUAGCUUCAAAAAUCGCGAAAAUCGGAAUUAUCGUCAACCAAUGAAAGAUUGGUCUUACGCAUUUGAAACAAUGAUGUAUAUGGUGUUUACGCAAGCUACUGGGAUACCAAAUGGAAAUCACGGUUUGUUUCAUAGAUUUGGCAUUCAGGCGCUUACACUAGAGGGCGUCUCCGAUCAUAGAAGUCGUCAUGGAAAUUUUUUGUCCACCGGGCGUGUUUUGGAGAGCAUUUUUAGAAGUUUGAAUAAUUUACUGGAGCGAUUUCAUCAAAGUUAUUUUUUUUAUUUAUUGCCUUCGUCAGAUAGAUUCAUUUCAAUUGGUUUGUACAUUCCAUCUGUAUGUCUUAUUGCUGGAGCUCUCUUUCUGAAAGCCUGUGGUAAAUGGUUUCGCCUGUAUCAGUAUUUGGUUAACUUAAGUGAACAAGGUAGGUAAUUGAAACCAAUAAUUG